UCAAUUUCCGUCAGUUUGACUUGCGAAUCGUAACCGCGUUGAGCAAGCGUUUUUUUCUUUUCCAAUUUCAGCUGGAACGACAAUUUCCUAAUUCUAAACCACCGAUCGACACCGAUUACACUCCCAGACACAGAAAGAGAUCGUUGUUUGAUAAAAGUACAAGUUGUACUUGCUCUACUUAAACUGUGAACUUCCAGCUCGCGGCCCAGCAGAGAGCUCGAGCGGCAGCUCCGAAAAGUUUGUUGUUGUCACGUGAUGCAAGACGAAUGUGGCGAUAAAAGUUUGUUUAGAUAGUAAAACUAGGUGGCGAACUACAUCAUUACAACCUACUGAACACCGUUUUCACCAAAAUGCCUCAACCAAAACAUCGAAAGAUUGCAGUUAUAGGUUACAGGUCUGUAGGAAAAUCAUCUCUUACAAUACAGUUUGUGGAAGGACAGUUUGUUGACUCCUAUGAUCCCACCAUCGAAAACACCUUUAACAAAUUGGUCAGUGUGAACGGUCAAGACUUCAAUCUUCAGCUGGUUGAUACAGCUGGGCAAGAUGAGUACUCAAUUUUUCACCAAUCCCACUCAAUGGACAUCCAUGGGUAUGUCCUUGUCUAUUCAGUGACUUCCAAUAAAAGUUUUGAAGUUGUGCAGGUUCUACACGACAAACUGCUAGACAUGGUUGGGAAGAUUCAAGUUCCAACUGUUCUUGUAGGGAACAAAAAAGAUCUUCACAUGGAAAGGGUUAUCAAGCCAGAGGAGGGAAAGAAACUUGCUGAUUCCUGGGGGGCUGCGUUCAUGGAGUCCUCAGCCAAGGAGAAUGAGACUGCUGUGGAGGUUUUCAAGCGGAUCAUUUUGGAGAUGGAGAAAGCUGAUGGAAAUGCACCCCCAGAGGAGAAGAAGUGUGCUGUGAUGUAAAAGUGUUUCCAGGACACCAGUAAGCUCUUUUGCUGAAGACAGGGGGCACCACUUCACCAGCUUGCCAAUCGUGACCUCACCGACACCAAGACACUGCAGUGGAACGUUUCUGCUCCAUUGUGAUACCUGAUUGAUUUACAUAGCAAGGCAACUGCCCAGACAGUUGAUUAACUAUCUCACUAAUUGUAACCACAGGGAGAAGUUUCUAAGAGCAAGAUUAAUCUUUGUUUUAGACAAAGAAGCACCGUCGGUGAACACUAUCUUUAAAUAAUGAAAUGUAAUUAUAUCUGGGUAGAAUUUUGACUUUGAGUUCAACCAAAUGCUCAGAAAACAAAAUAAUAUUUCCAAACAUAUUGGUCCCAAUUAUUGCAUCUUUUUUUUUGUGAACGUAUUAUUCUAAUUCCUACUUGUGAAUUUGAUGUUUGAGACAUCAUUGGCCCAUGUCUCAUAAUCUUUGAGUAGUUGAAUUAAUGUACAGGUAGGGAUGGUUAAUAACCUUUUUAGAGACUGGUAUUACUUUCUUUUUAUUUGACAGUUGACAGGGAGUGAGAGUCACAGUUCACAUUGCUUUAAAUGUGGUGUUAAUAUAUCAGUAUCUCUCACAAAUGGUUGAUUUCCUUGAAUACCCUGGAAUGAGAUUUCAAAUGAAAUUUCACUGGUCUCACAGCUGUCACUGUAAUUUCUAUCAACUCAUCUUCAGGUACCUUUCACCAAUGAACUCUUGAACUGUGUCUUCACGAUGGAGGAAAAUAUUCGUUUAUCUAACAACUCACAUUUUCAGCUCUUCUGCUAAGCAGUUUAGUCCUAUUUGAUUGUUUCUACGGUUUAAUUUCUCCUUAUUGACUGUAACAAAGAUGUUAUCUUAUAUACCGUCAGAAAUUUAGUAUAGAUUGCAAUAGAUCUUUGGUAUUUACCAGUUAUGGCCUUUUUAUACAAUAUAAAUAGAAUCUUAGAAAUUGGUUUGAUACUAUGGGUUAUAUUUUGAGUGGUGCAGGUUUGCUCUCCCCUAAAUACUCUAAGUAGAGUAUAUUCUCAAUAGUGCGUCAUGAACAUUGAGUUGCAAUUUUUAAAUUGCAUUUUAACAUUGUGUAAGACUAUUUAAGUGGCUGAAGGCUACAGAGUUAGCUUAGUAAUCUUUUUGCUCAUGGAUUUGAUUUGGUGAUUCAUACAGGCCUGAUAAAACCAAGCCAGGGAUGACAUGUAGUCCAUUUAAUUCAUAUUGUGGAUCUGCAUGAUCAUUGUCAGACGCUUGAGAUCCUUAAUGACUUGUUUUUCUUAGAUCAUGUAACCUUACAAAGACAUGACACAUUGUGGACCCCCCUCUCUCAUAAUCCUCAUGUUUUACCUGUAGUGGGUAAUUGUAACUUUUUAUCAAGUGCUUUGCUGAGUAAGUAGUUUAUUGAUUGAUGAUGGCUGAACAGAAGCUGGUGAUGCUGUGUCUUGUGCCUUACAGUUCCUCAAACUCCCUCAUCUGCUUCCCUUCAUGAUUUAAGGUGCUCUUGAAGGGUUUUUUUUUCUCCUUUUCCUUCUGUUGACUUGAUACCAUGGUGCAGGUGGUGUUGUGCACCUGAACACCAAUAUCCCCUUGUGGGUCAAUGUUAAUUCAGAAAUCUUGCUGUAAACAGUUUUGUAUAUAAAUAAAUCUGUUACUCAUUUGA